AAGGUGUUUUUGGACAAUUUGAGAGCAAUAAUAUAUGAAUAGGUAGUUGAACGUAAGAAAAUUUGAAAAUUUCACAAAAAGUGUGGAUUUGGUGAGACAUCAGUAGGUCAGGAAGUCAGUGUGUUGAAACAGCAUCUCUCCAGAUUUAAUUUUAAACCUGGUUGGUGCACAAAAAGUGAAUUAAGAAUGAAGACGACGGCGAUGGCAUAAUACACUGUGGUGUAGCUCCGAUUGCUGAUACUCAGAGCACAUGAGACCAGGGCAGCCGUUGCGAGCGCUGAAAUAAUUGUCGCGUCAUUACUGAAACAAAUACGCAUCAUCCGCGAAAAGCAUGGCAGUUUCGAAAUUCAGUGACGUCGACGAGUAUGGCUUUAAACGUGAACCAGACUUCGACUACCAGUCGUACGAAAAUAUUAUGUCCAGCUACUACACGGUACUGACGACCCGGAGCAUCAAGUGGAAAAAGUUCGCCAAAGACUCGGACAUUCUGUCGAAUCCUCGCAAGCUGAAACGAUUCGUACGCAAAGGUAUUCCCGGCCCACUGCGGGAAGAUGUGUGGAUGAAGUCGUCCGGUGCCUAUCGAUUGCAGCAAAUAGAACCAAGUCUAUACCAGACCUUGCUGCGGUACGAAUACGAUCAGGAAAUCUCGGAUCAAAUCAAAAUCGAUCUUCCACGUACCUUUCCCGACAAUAUUCACUUUGAGCAAUAUAAGCUCGGCCUGUACAACGUGCUCAUUACGUAUGCACAUCACAACAACUCGGUUGGGUAUUGCCAGGGACUGAAUUACAUUGCCGGCCUAAUAUUAAUUGUGACGAAAAAUGAAGAAUCAACAUUUUGGUUGCUCAAAGUGCUGGUAGAGAACAUAGUCCCCCUCUACCACACCAAGAAGAUGGAUAACCUCAUCACGGAUAUUGAUGUGCUUAGCGAAUUAAUUAGAAUACGCGUACCUGAUGUGCAUAAACAUAUCGCUGACUUAGGACUGCCAUGGCCUGUGAUAGCCACCAAGUGGCUCAUCUGCUUAUACGCGGAAGUGGUGCCUACCGAAACCGCCCUUCGAAUAUGGGACUGUGUGUUUCUGGAAGGAAACAAAAUCCUACUACGAGUUGGAAUCACUAUAGUGAUACAACUACGGCAAGAAAUCCUGGCAACGGAUGAUAUUUCCACAUUAAUAGGCUUAUUCCGGGCUCUGGAGAAGAACCCCAAUCUGAUGGAUUGUCAUCAAUUUGUUAGCAGUAUUUUUAAAUUGCCUGGGUCGUUGAAACGAACUCAGAUCGAUCGACUUAGGAGAGAACUGUACGAACAGAGGAUAGCCAGCAAACAAAAAGGUUCCUAGGGUUUAGAGGACUAUAUCCUUAAGAGAUAUAGACUGAACUUGGUGUAACCAAUUGAUCCAAAGGGGAAAAAUCUCCACCUGUGGCCUUCAGAUGUAAGGAUUCGUCGUUUCGCUUGGUAUUCAUUUAUGAGUUUGGUUUCUGUUGUUUGUUCACUUGCCUUGAUAUGAAUACCAGAAGAGAAUAUGCAACACGGCACUAAUUCGGUGGAGUAAAAUAUGCAGAUUUUACAAAUGCUGUUAAUUUAGGUUUUGAAUUAAAAAUUUUGCGAUCAUUCGCAUGUUCGCUACAUAUAUGCUCAAAGGAUACGUUCGACUUCGCCCUGUAUAUAGACAGAGUAUGACUGCAUUAUCACAUACCUCAAUUUAAAUAAUUGUAAGGUACUUGAUAUUGGGAAGUUGCACACUAAAGUGUUCAUUAGGGCACUUCAAAUUUCAAAAAUGUUUAAAAAUUUCAACUCUUUUUCGUCACCAACUGGAAAUGAAAAACUUAAAGGCACAGCACAGUCAGGUUGUACGCAAGGUUGCCGUAGGAUUUUUACCAAUAAAACCUAUUUUUAAGCAGAAGUGAACCCCAUUGCAGUAUUGCACGGCCCACGAAAUUCAGGAAAAGUUACUUCCUGUCAUAAAUAUCAAUUAAAUAAUGCAGUCGCAUGCAUGUUAGGGCGAGAAUGGGGUAAGAAACCCUACCAACUGUCAGUGGCGCCGGGAGUGGGUGGGACAAGUAGGACAUGUCCUACGCAUGAAAAUACUUGGGUAGGACAGUCGAAGUAUUGUCCUACCCAUGAUAAUGGUCCUAUGGUAAUAAAAUACCAUAUUAAUUACUAAAAGAUAAAAUACUAUUAUUUGAACGUUUCAAAUUUAAUUAGAUGUUUGAAAGUUUAUUAGAGGUUAAACUGAAAAUCGUGGAGGUUUCGGGGAUUGUGAAGGAAAACUCUAUUCCGAAGAGCCUCUCAGAAUCUGUGAGUAACUCUUUCUAUUCCAAAAAGUUUCAAUUAUGUAUUGAAAUUUUCCAAGAAGUCUUAAAGAUCUUAAUAGUAUCUGCUCUUUCAUAAAAUUGUUGAUUUUUUUCUGGAAGUACGUAAUUAUUUCUGCUAGUUAAGAGGGGCUCAGAGAAUUUCUAAA